ACACUCAGUCGCCCAAAGUCUUGAUUGUGAGCCGACAGAAGUUCGAAACAACUUAAAAACAUUGGUGUACUCGUAUUCAUUUCAAUUUGAAUUAGUGAAAAAUGUGCAAUACUCUUGAAGUACAUUACUAUUUGAAGGCCAUUUGCCGUCAUAUACAAGCCAUAUCAUUGAUGACUGGAGCAUUAGUCCGUAAACGAAAUUCAUUUUAUUUGCGAGUUUGUUUAACGAUAUCCUUGUUAAUAUUAAUAUUCACAGUUUUACAUAUUGAUUUCACACAUAAAAGAUUUUAUUAUGAAUUAGGGAAAUUUCGCAAGAGUUUCAUCAAUCAAAACAGUGAAAGUGAUUCAACGCCUGCCCAGAGAAUAUUGCGAUCCAUUAAGCGAUACAACGAAGAGCAACUAAUUCGAAACGAUCAUCUGUUCAGUGCAUUGCAAAAUGAUUCGGUGGUGAUUAUUGUGCAAGUCCACAAUCGAAUUGAAUAUUUACAACAUUUGAUCUCGAGUUUAUCACAAGCCAAAAAUAUUUCCAGCGCGUUGUUGAUAUUUUCACAUGACUAUUACGACGAAAAUAUAAAUAAAAUGGUGCAGUCAAUAAACUUUUGCAGAGUUCUACAGAUAUUUUACCCGUAUUCAAUACAAACACAUGUACACGCAUUUCCAGGCGAAGACCCAAACGAUUGUCCACGCAAUCUUCAACAGAAUCUAGCAAUUGAACGCCAGUGCAAAAAUGCACUUCAUCCAGAUAGCUAUGGUCACUAUCGUGAAGCAAAGUUCACUCAAACCAAACAUCACUGGUGGUGGAAAGUGAAUCGUGUUUUCGAUCAAUUACAUGUCACGCGACAUCACACAGGCUAUGUGCUCUUUCUCGAGGAAGAUCAUUAUGUGGCUGAAGAUUUUUUACAUGUGUUAAUGUUGAUGCAAAAACAAGUCGAAACACUUUGCCCAAAAUGUAAUAUUUUAUCAUUGGGAACGUAUUUAGAUUCCAUCGAUGAAUACACGCUUACUCAUCCGAACGAGGUUAAAGCGAUGCCCUGGAUCAGUGUUAAGCACAACAUGGCCAUGGCCAUGAACCGCAGCACUUGGUUAAACAUCAGAAAGUGUGCCAACCAAUUUUGCACGUAUGAUGAUUACAAUUGGGACUGGACACUUCUACACAUAUCGGAACAAUGUCUUCCAGAGAAAUUUCAUACGCUGGUUGCCUCUCGACCGCGGGUUUUUCACAUUGGUGAAUGCGGUUUGCAUCAUGAGAAACAGAGUUGUGAGUCUGAUCAUAUGGUCACCGAAGUUCGUAAUGUUCUUAACACUGCAAGCCAAUCCCUUCAACUCUUUCCACAAAAUAUAACACUAGCAUUUAGUGUUGGCUUUGAACCAGAUCCAUUUCUAGCUAAUGGUGGAUGGGGAGAUGUACGAGAUCACCAUCUCUGUUUGAAUUUCACCGCUCCAAGUGAUUCAAUCAAGUCGAAAAAUUCGGAAGCUUAAUUUUGAUUGAAUAUGAAGCGAGCUAUUUACGAGAGAUAAAAUCAUCGUAGUUAAUUAAAUACAAAAAAAAAAUCGUCUCAACAAAUGUGGUGGUGUCAUGCACAAAGAUCUCAUUGAAAUGUCAAUCUCAGGUGUAAUUCUAACCAUUUUGCAUCUUUAUAUAAAUUGUUCCAGAAUAUCCAGUUAUUAAUUGAAUAAAUGAAAUGUUAUUAUUUAAG